AUGCCUAACACUGGCAUGCAUAUGGGUCAACUUCCCUGGCCCCAGCUCGCAUACAUUAUUCAUCUAGGCUGCUACUACCCUUACGGUGUGCCACCUAAUGUACCGCGCGGUGCCGCUCCUCCAUACGCGCCCGUCGCACCUUCGCCUGGUGCCGAUACUGGAGUUGCGCAUCACGCGUUCCAAACGGGACAAAAUGGUUAUUACCCCCCUGCAGUAGUCGAUGUCACUAAUCAUCACGAGCCUAAUCUCACAACGGGCUUUGCUCCCUCGUUCGUCCCUCAAGUACCAAGUUUGUCGGUCGGUCAAAAGCGCGUCGCGGAAGACCUCAAAGAACGUGACGUCAAGCGAACCAAAAUAAGCUCCGACAAGAUCAAGGAUGACCCGUUAUUUAAACCCGUGUUAGAUGGAUAUGGUCAACACAAUGGGACAUAUUCACAGACAUCACAUCAAGACAGCGAAACAUCUUGGUUACAAACUAACGCUAUUCAAAUGCCCUCUUUGUGA